GACAAAUGUACAUGUGCUUCCUACAGGACACGUAAUUUUUACCGGCAUCUACGUACACGUUCAGUUUGUAUGAAAAAUAACAGACUCCAUAGAAUUAAGAAAUCAUUGAUUAGUGAGAACUGUUGUCGUGACAAACGGAGCAGUUUAAAGGACAUAUCAUACGACGAAAUAAUUAAGAAACGAAUAGGCCUAUAAUUGCUGAAGAAAUGAUGGGGAUUCAGAAAUUGUUGCUGUGUCUGACAGUUAUCGCGUGGUGCGUUGUCAAUGUCAAUGGGAAGUACAGACCAGAAGAAUGUGAAGCAUGUGUGAACUUCAUAAAGACAUUUGAUGAAACUUUAUCAGCUGAUGCACGCAAAAGUAUGGAUUCCAUCAAGACAGAAUUAAUAGACUUUUGUGAAAACACCAAAGUAAAAGAAUAUGAAAGAAUUUGUUACUACAUUGGAGGACUGAAGACUUCCGCUACAGCAAUACUCAAUGAGAUCACACGACCGCUGACCUUUAAUAAGCCGGCCGAGAAGAUUUGUGAAGUACUUGACAAAAAAGAUUCCCAGAUUUGUGAAGUAAAAAUAAAGAAGAAGAUUAACCUUGCUGAGGUUGACCUGAAGAAAUUGCGUGUUAAGCAGCUGAAGGAAAUUCUCAGUGACUGGAAUCGCAGUGAUGCUUGUAAAGGAUGUGCCGAGAAAUCAGACUUCAUAAGCAUAGUAGAGGAACUUAUGCCCAAGUACGACCAAGCCGCAUACAAACUACGACAACAAAAGCUAGAGUUAUAGUUUGGUUUAGAUUAUUUUGUUCAAAUUUUAUUUAUGAAGUAUGUUUUUUUUAAGAGAGAGGGAGAGAGAGAUUGUGUAUGUUGUUAAAACAUAUUUGGUAUGUUAAGUUGCUGUGUAUGUAUAUUUUUGUGUGCUAUAGACAGUGUUGGUCAGAACAAA